AUGUUGUUCAAAGCUCUCACCCUCGCUUUCAUCGCCAUCGCCGGCGUCUCCGCUGCCCCAGAUGGCACCUCUAAUGCCCUGAACAGGCGCACCUACACCCAAUACUGCGGUGAAGCCACCUGGGUCCCACCCAAAGGCUCAACUCCUGGGUACUGCAAGUGUCCCUAUGAAGGGCAGAUCUACAAGCUAUACUCCUGCGACUGCCCUGACGCACAGACCCUCAAGGACAAGAAGUGUGUUAACAAGUGCCCUGCUGAUUCAAAGUACAAGCCUGGCAGCUACGGCAGCUGGUCUUGUGUCUGCGAUGACGAUGGUGCCAGUUGGUCUGCUUCGUCCGGGCAGUGCAGCUGCAAGUCGGGAAAGGAGUCUGUGCAGGGGAAGUGUGUUGAUAAGUGUCCCGGGGGUACUACUCUACAGGGUGAUGGUUCAUGCAAGUGCAAUGAUCCGAAGAAGGAGUUGUUCAAAGGGUCUUGUGUCGAUAAGUGCCCCCUGUACUCGACACGUCAGGACAACGGAAGCUGCAAGUGUCAGGGUGACAAGGACUUGGUCAAGGGUGUUUGUGUCGACAAAUGCCCUCAGUAUUCCACGCGUCAGUCUGAUGGCAGCUGCAAGUGCAACGGCUCCAACAAGGAGAUCAACAAGGGUGCUUGUGUGAACAAGUGCCCUAAGGAUACUACACGCCAAACCGAUGGAUCUUGCAAAUGUGAUGACGGUAACAAGGAACUCGUCAAGGGGGUUUGCGUUACUACAUGCCCAAACGGGUCAACCCGUCAGGGUGACGGCUCAUGCAAAUGCACGAACGACAAGGAAGAGAUCAUCAAGGGAGCCUGUGUACCUGUUUGCCCGAAGGAUACGACUCGCCAGAAUGAUGACUCUUGCAAGUGCGAUGAUACUACCAAAGAACUUAUCAAAGGCUCAUGCGUGCCUGUUUGUCCCAAAGAUUCAACUCGCCAAUCUGAUGACUCUUGCAAAUGCACCGAAGACAACCAAGAGAUCUUGAAGGGAUCUUGUGUCCCCGUCUGCCCUAAAGACUCGAAGCGACAAAGCGAUGAUACCUGCAAGUGCGAUGAUGAAGCACAAGAACUCAUCAAAGGUGCUUGUGUCCCUGUUUGUCCAAAGGAUUCUACGAGACAACAGGAUGACACUUGCAAGUGUGAUGCGGAGGAUUCCGAGAUAGUCAAGAAUAUCUGCGUCCCAGUUUGCCCCAAGGACUCAAAGAGGCAAGACGACGAUACUUGCAAAUGCGACGCAGAUGAUCAAGAAAUAAUCAAGAACGCCUGUGUGCCUGUCUGUCCGAAGGAUUCCACCAGGCAGGGAGACGAUAUCUGCAAGUGUGAUGCAGAGGGUGAGGAGAUCAUCAAGAACACCUGCGUACCUGUUUGUUCCGAGGACUCAAAACGGCAAGACGAUGGAUCCUGUAUUUGCGAUACCGAAGACUAUGAGAUUGUCAAGGGUGUAUGUGUAUCCGAGUGUCCAAAGGAUUCAACCCGUCAGGAGGACGAUACCUGCAGAUGUGAUGCCAGUGGCUUCGAGAUAGUCAGUGACGAGUGCAAGGAGGAAUGUCCCAAGGACUCAGAACGCCAGGAGGAUAAGUCCUGCAAGUGUACUACUGCUGGCUACGAGAUUGUCAGUGGGGAGUGCAAGCCUCAGUGUCCUGAGGGGUCUACUCAUCAGCAGGAUAACACUUGCAAGUGCGACACCGACGGUUAUGAACUCGUCAAGAGAGAGUGUAAGCCUGAAUGCCCCGACGAAAGCUCUCGCCAAGAGGAUGGAAGUUGCAAGUGUACUACUGACGGCCAUGAGAUCGUUGGUGGCGAGUGUAAACCGAAAUGUCCUGAAGGAUCUACCCGUCAGCAAGAUAACAUUUGCAAGUGUGAUACUGCUGGGUACGAGUUCGUCAAAGGGCAAUGCAAGCCUGAAUGCCCCAAGGAUUCUACACGUCAAGAAGACGGUACCUGCAAGUGCAUAGCAGCUGGUACUAAGAUCGUCAACGGCGAGUGUAAGCCAGAAUGCCCCAAAGGCUCCACCCGCAAUGACAAAGACAUCUGCAUCUGCGACGACAACCUCGCCGAGCUGGACACCAAAAACACUUGCACCUGCAAGUCCGGCAACGAACCAGUCAAAGACAAAUGCACCCCCAAAUGUCCCGACGAUUCUACCCGCGACACGGAAGGUAACUGCAUCUGCAGCAAGCCCAACACCGUCCUAUCCGAUAAGAAGUGCGUCUGCAAAGACGGCUACAAGCCCACCAAGAAAGGUUGCAAGAAAGACUGCGGCUCACACGCUUACGACAAAGACGAUGUUUGUGUGUGCAAAAAGGCUGGUCAGACGUUCAACGCAGACAAGACUUGUACGUGCCCGACUGAUACACGCUGGAACGGCAAGAUGUGCGCUUCGAACUGUGGCUCUGAAGCGUGUUGGAGUAACUCUGCCAAGGGCUGUGUUUGCAACAAGGACGGCAUGAACUUUGACAGUGAGACGAAAACAUGCUCUUGUCCUGAUAAGCUAGUCUGGUCUGACGGACAAUGCCAUAUCGACUGUGGCAAACUAGCUUCAUGGCACAAAAAGUCUCAAAGCUGCGUUUGUCCCAAAAAGGGCCAGACUUUCAAUCCUGUUACCCUCGGCUGUGGAUGCACGGGCGGUAAGUUCUGGAGUGGCAAGGAGUGUAUCACCGACUGCGGAGACUACGCGUCGUAUAACUCUCGUUCUGAGACGUGUGUUUGCGAUAAGAAGGGUCAGAUCUUCGAUGCAGAUGAGAAGACCUGUGGAUGUCCUGAUGGAAAGGUCUGGUCGAAGAAUCAGUGUACUGUUGACUGUGGUGAUGCGGCGAGUUGGGAUGGGUAUGCGAAGAAGUGUGUUUGCGAUAAUGGGAAUCUUGUGUGGUCGGAUAAGAAGUGCACUUGUGGAACGGGACGGAAGAUGGUUGGGAAGGGAUGUGUUCGAUCUAGGUUUUGA